AUGCCAGACAUCCGUUGCCCCACAAUCGUUCUAAUCGGCCCUGAAGGCGCUGGAAAAACAACUAUUGGAAAAAUCCUGUCAGAGAAACUCAACAAAGAGAUUUUCAGCCUCGAUCGACACCGCAAAGAGCUAUAUGCACCGUUCGACUACGAUGACGCCCAUGCCGAUAAAAUCUACGAACAAGAUGGUGUCGAGGCUCUGCUGAAGUACUGGAAGUACUUUGAAUACAGAGCUGUCGUGGACAUCUUGCAAAAUGCGUUGAAGCCUGGGGAUAGGUUUUAUGGCAAAAUACUCGACUUUGGGGCGGGCCAUUCCAUUCUUGAGAACAAGGAGGAACUGGAUCGUGUUGCGGAGCUUAUUUCCCCAUAUAAAGGGGUCUUCCUCGUUGUUCCGUGCGAAGACGUGGAUGAGGCUUUGAGGAUCAUGGAGGAGCGGAGAGGCCAUGAGUUGAGCUACAAUCGACACUUCUUGAAUCACCCAAGCAACAAGACGUUGGCAAAGCAUAUUAUCUACACGAAAGACGUCAGUCCGGAGCAAAGUGCUCAUGAGAUAUCGAAGUAUUUAGACGGUUGA